AUGGAUGGUAAUAUUGACGAAAGAUAUGAUAAGAUAAUAUACUUUAAUUUUAGCAUAUUGUUAAAGGAUCAAUGUAAUGACCUACAAACUGCUAGCUUUGAGAAAGUUCUUAAUGAUGAUUUAUUUGUUGAACUUAGAUAUAUAUAUAAAGAAGAACUUGGUUGUAUUGAACAUUUUACAUCACAAACCAUAAAAUAUUUCAAUAGUAUUAGCUAUAUUAUAGUUAAUAAUGAUGAUCGAGUAGAUGUGAACCUUUGUGUUAGUGAUACUGUGGAUGUUUUAGAAGAUAUAUCAAAUGAUACAUUGAAUAAUCCAAAGACA